UGAAGGAAGGAGAGCUGCGGCUGGAUGUCAUUCAACUCCUGACGAACAGGAGCCGUGACAAAACUCUACCAGGGGUGUCUUUCCAAUUCAAGCAAGUUGUCUUGAGACACACCCGAUCAACAGGCUGUAAGAGCCUCCAGAGACUUCGUUAACUGGGAUUUUAUUUUAUUUUUUGCGUGCGCCCGUAUCCAUGUCGACAGAUUUGUAAAUUAACCACGGAGGAGCGCGUUUCUGAUGGACUCUAAUGACAGGAGCAUUAGAGAUCUGAAAAGAACUGACAAAAUCCAACCAGGAUAUACACACACACGCAAAUAUAUGUAACAAUGGAUUCGUUCAACGCCAGCGGAAUGGAUGCGUUCACGGUGAUCCAUUUAAAUUCCUCCUGGUCGCUGGACAGUGGAUAUUCUUUAGCAGCGAUAGCUGGCAUCGCCGCUCUCGUAAGUUUUCUCAUUCUUUUUACCGUUGUUGGAAAUAUUCUUGUGGUUAUCGCUGUGUUAACGAGCCGGGCACUGAAAGCCCCCCAAAACCUUUUCCUGGUGUCUCUGGCCACAGCGGACAUCCUGGUCGCCACUCUCGUGAUGCCGUUUUCUUUGGCAAAUGAACUCAUGGGUUACUGGUAUUUUGGAAAAGUUUGGUGCGGUAUUUAUCUGGCUCUGGAUGUUUUGUUUUGUACUUCAUCUAUUGUGCAUCUGUGCGCAAUAAGCCUGGACCGAUACUGGUCCGUUACGCAGGCUGUAGAGUACAACCUGAAGCGGACUCCUAAACGCGUUAAGUGCAUUAUCCUGAUCGUGUGGCUUAUAUCUGCGUUUAUCUCCUCUCCGCCGCUCAUAUCUAUCGACAGCAACAGUGAGAUCAGCUCUCAGCCUCAGUGCGAGCUGAAUGAUGACACUUGGUACAUCCUCUCCUCCAGCAUCGCGUCCUUCUUCGCUCCCUGCUUAAUCAUGAUCCUGGUCUAUAUCAGAAUAUACCAGGUGGCCAAAACCAGGACCAGAAGCAUGUCGGGAAAAAAACCCAGGCCAGAUGGCGUUACACAAACUGAGAAUGGACUGAGCAAAGCCACCUCCCCUUUCCACGGCGAGAGGGAGAACGGUCACUGUCAGUGCCCGCCUACGCCCAGCCAACGCACCGUCACCAUCGGGCAACAGACUGAGGAGGCUGACAUGGAGGAGAGCUCCUCGUCAGAGGGCAAAGGUCACAAGCCCCAGCUGCAGGAGUCCCAGAGAGCAAAGAGGAUCAGCAACAAGAAAAGCUCGCUCUCCAAGCAAUCCACUCGCAUCUCCAGGGUCAGUAACAAGUCCAUGGAUCUGUUCACCUCCAGGAGGAAACGCCGUAAGAGUUCCCUAGCCAGGAAGAAGAUCUCCCAAGCCAGGGAGAAGAGAUUCACAUUUGUCCUGGCUGUUGUCAUGGGAGUGUUUGUUGUUUGCUGGUUUCCCUUUUUCUUUAGCUACAGCCUGUAUGGCGUGUGCAGGGAACCCUGUAGGAUUCCCGACCCCCUCUUUAAAUUCUUCUUCUGGAUUGGCUAUUGCAACAGCUCCCUCAACCCUGCCAUUUACACCAUCUUCAACCGGGACUUCAGACAUGCCUUCCACAAGAUUCUCUGCAAGUCCUGGAAAAAGUCCUUUUAGCUGUGAAGCAGAGCUGCUGCAUCACUGUGACAAUCUUACAUGAAAUAUCAAAUUGAAUUUAUAAAAAACACAGGAAAAAAAGGAAAUCUGUUGUGUUUGUUAUGCCUCACUUAUGUCUCAUUGUCCUGCUGUUUUUUCCAGUCAUGACAGCGUGCACCCUUCAAGGAGUCCCCUCAAGCUUCAGCAUAGAUGUUUUCAUUACAGACUUCUCACAGGCUUUCCCAGUUUGAUUAAUGUGCACCACAUUUCUCUUAUUCCCUAUGAACUGUGCUGUAAUUCUGUAUUAAAGGACCGAUAUCGAUAAAGCCCCCUGUACAUCCACAAAAGAUGCACACACGGGUGAUUUAUGUGCCAGGACAAACCCCCAGUUCAGCUCCGUUUUUUCCAUUCCAUUAAACUUUUCUAUUUUUUGAACACUAAGAUUAUUCUUCAUCACAGAUUUUCUCUUGGGUAAUUAGAUUUAACCUAUUAAUAUUAUUUUACACAUUAUUGAAAAUACAAAAAUAUGCAACCUACAAGCACAAAAUGACAUAAAACCAGAUCCUUGACAAGACAGUCUUAGUGUGCCAUUUUGAGAAAUAUGCUCAAUAGACUUUCCAACAGAGUCAGUUCAAUUCAAGUUUAUUUAUAUAGCACCAAAUCUCAACAGUCACCUCAAGGAGCUUUAUACUGUAGAGUAAGGAUCCCAGAAUAUUAGACAGAAAACCCUGACAAUGAAAAUUUGAUGACAUUGGAAAGGAAAAACUCCCUUUUCACAGGAAGAAACCUCUGGCAGAACCAGGGUCAGACAGUUAUCUUCACAAACCGGUUAGCAGUGAGGAAAGAGAAAAGUUAAUGCUCUUUUUAAUGGACAACAUAAAAGAAGAUAAGAAGAAAAGAUGUCUGUAAAUAUGUAGCAUGUUUGUUCAUAAGCACUACCUUGACACAGAAAUUUAACAAAUUCUCACUGAAAUUAGCACAUUAUAUAAGUUUUGUUAGUUAGUAAAAAGAAGGUUUUCUAUUUGCUGGUCUUCAAUGCACAUAACAAGUGGAAACUAGAGAAAGUUAGUAUUGCCAUAAAACUGCCCCCCAUCAUCAAAAAGAUAUAUGUGCUUCAUUUAGAUAUAGCAAGGGUAGCUAAGCUUAGCUAAGCUUAGCUUACCAGCUGUAAGCUGAUACAUUGUAACUACUGCAGAGAAAUUAAAGUGAUACUGAUCUUCUCAUCCAAGCCAGCAACAAGUCAAAGAAUAUUUCUCAAAAUGUCAAACUAUUCUUUAAAAUGUUAUUUAAAAAACAAAACAAAAGAAAAACAAAACUGUUAGUGUUAAUGCCUGUGUGGUCAGUGCUGCACUUAAUCUGUAAAAAAAAAAAGAAAGAAAAAAAAAAGCUUAAAUUUAUGUAGCACAAAACAGUUCAUCCCCACUGUGCCUGGAACUUUCUGGCUCCCUGAAAUGAUGAAGCCUUUUGGAGGCUGCCCACCUGGCCCAGGUUAAGAAUCCUCAUACACUAACGCACCUGUGGUUUCCAACCUUGUUUCAUCGCCCUGCAAACAUCGCCCUUCUGCUUAUAUGUGCUGUUUGUUUUGAAGUGAAACCAAAACGAUUCUCCUUUCUUAUCUGCCUUUUUAAAGGACAAAUUUACAGUUUUAAGGCAAUGAGGGCUACCGUGGAAAAGUCUGAAGUGAUAUUUAUGUACAAACAUGUUUGAAUCUUUGACCUUUUUGAGAAAGGCAAGCAGGUUGGACGCCAUUAGCUUAAAUUCAACCAUUUGGUUUGUUUGGUUGUUCAGUUUCCUUGAUGCUGUUAGCCAUGUUUGCUUUGACAGUUUUUGAACAUCUCUGCUGAAAACAGACUCUAAACUGAGCUCUUUUUGUGUCAUUGUAGGGUCUUUACCUCACAAUACAAAGCGCUGUGAGCCAACUGUUGUUGUGAUUUGGCGCUAUCCUGGGUUUGGUUGUCAUCAUGGUAAUUCACAAGUCACACUGAGAAAUAUUAAAGGACAACAGCAGGAUAAAUCACUGCAGAUUACAGAUUACUGGGUUUGACAUUAAAAAAUAGUUCCAUGCAAAAGGGUAAUUAAUUUCACAGUAGCCCUAAACGACUGAGCAUUUCAGAUUCAAUGCAUUCAUUCUGCAUUUAUUUUCCAAGAAACUACCUCUGUUUAUUUGCUGCUGAUUUUGGAGUGACAUCUUGCA